AUGACUCGGAGUGGUCCGAUUGGCUCACCGGUAAGACCACGCCCAUUUAUAGGCGGAGAUAUCCAUUUACCAUCUUCACAAGUGCAGUAUACCCUCGUGAGCACUAAUUUUAUGGGUCCGAGUGUAAAAGGAGCAAACAGGCGAAGAUGGACCUUGCCAGAGGGGAACCGGGAGAAGGGGGUGUUUCGAAAAGAAUCGGGAUGGGACUGUCGACGUUGGGAAUGUAGGAAACAGUGAACAUUUGAAAACAUUUAAAGUAGAGUUCGAAUAAUUACUUUUUUUGCAGAAAGCGGCGUGCGAAGUGAUGAACCGCUACCUCUCAUCCCUUUUUGUGCUCGAUGACGUGGAUCAGAUCACUGUGACUCUGUGGGGCGACGAGGAUCCGAUCGGUGAGAAGAAGAUCGGUAACGACCCAUUUUUCCCUUUGUCUCCGAUCGGAAAUGACUGAAAUUCUCCGUUUCAGACUGGGGACAACUGGUCGACACGCGCGAUUUUAACGCGAUUCCGUUCUGCGAAACGCCCGAUUACAUUCCGAUUAUGGACGAUAUGCGCGAGCGAACUUUCAAGGAAUUGGUACAAUUUCUAUCUUUCCCACACUUUUACCACAAGCGCCAUGUGCCGGGCGCUCGGAGCCGUGGGCCGAGUGACGAACGAAAACAUGGAGCCCCGAUUGGCGCGGCUCCAACUGAAAAUCAUCGAGUACAGGGAGCAUCUGGAGCACUGCCGCAAAGAAUAUCCGUCCUUUUUCAUUCCGUCGAAACUGGCCCAAUCACCGGCAACUUCCUCUGCUCGCACUGGGGACAAAUGAUGGCCAUCGAGGACGAGAACGUGCCUUCGAAAGUCGGCGAAGAUCUCGGAAAGGUACGCGAAACAAUUUAA